GGAGAGGGCCGGUGCCUCCCUUUGCCUGGCCCCACCUGGGGGAACACGAGGCUCCCUGCUGGUUUCUGCCCUUGUGGGGAGAGACAUCUGCCUGCAGGCCCCAGAUCCACCUGAGUGGCCCUCCCGAGGGCUCCUCCCCCCACGCCCUGGCCCAGCUGGUGGUUGGGACUUGCGGCUAAGUGAACCAGCUGGGCUGGAGCUGUCCUAGAAGCGUGGGUGCAGUUGUCCCUGGGCUGCGAGGACGGCAGGUUCUCCUGUCUCACUGCCCCGGGCCCAGGCUCGGGCUGCUAGGAGGCCCUGGGAGGCCCCGCUCUUUGCCAUCUCACUGUCCUGGGAGGCCCUGCUCUCUCUCUCUGUCCUGGGAGGCCCCGCUCUUUCUGUCCUGGGAGGUCCUGCUCUCUCUCUCUGUCCUGGGAGACCCUGGACCACUGGGAGGCCCCGCUCUUUGCCAUCUCUCUGUCCUGGGAGGUCCCGCGCUCUCUCUCUGUCCUGGGAGACCCCGGACCACUGGGAGGCCCUGCUCUUUGCCAUCUCGCUGUCCUGGGAGGCCCUGCUCUCUCUCUGUCCUGGGAGGCCCCGGAUCGCCGGGAGGCCCCGCUCUUUGCCAUCUCUCUGUCCUGGGAGGCCCCGGAUCGCCGGGAGGCCCCGCUCUUUGCCAUCUCUCUGUCCUGGGAGGCCCGGGCCGCCCGGCCGAGGUUGGCCCACUUGUCUCCCGCAGGUUUACAUCCGGAGCACAGACUUUGACCGCACCCUCAUGAGUGCCGAGGCCAACCUGGCCGGACUCUUCCCGGUGGAGGGGGCGCAGGCCUUCCAUCCGAACAUCACGUGGCAGCCCAUCCCUGUGCACACGGUCCCGGAGGCCCAGGACAAGCUGCUCAAGUUCCCCCUGGGCCCGUGUCCUCGGUUCGAGCAGCUACAGAAUGAGACUCGCCAGACCCCCGAAUACCAAAAUGAAACCGCCCGCAAUGCUCUGUUUCUGGAGAUGGUGGCUAAUGAGACGGGAGUCCCCGACCUGACGCUGGAGACGGCCUGGAACAUCUAUGACACUCUCUUCUGUGAGCAAACCCACAAACUGCCCCUGCCACCCUGGGCCUCGCCCCAGACCAUGCAGCGCCUUCGGCAGCUCAAGGACCUCAGCUUCCGAUUCCUUUUUGGGAUGUACCGGCCCACAGAGAAGGCCCGGCUCCAGGGGGGGGUCCUCCUGGCCGAGAUCCGGAAGAACCUGACGUGGGCAUCCUCGGCCGCCCAGCAUCCGAAGCUGCUGGUCUAUUCAGCGCACGACACCACGCUGGUGGCCCUGCAGAUGGCCCUGGACGUCUACAAUGGCGAGCAGGCUCCCUACGCCUCCUGCCACAUGUUCGAACUUUACCAGGAAGAUGAUGGGAACUUCUCGGUGGAGAUGUACUUCCGGAACGACAGCGCCGAAGCUCCCUGGCCCCUGGCCCUGCCCGGGUGCUCCCAGAGCUGCCCCCUCCCAGACUUCUUGCGCCUCACUCUGCCCCUCGUGCCCGAGGACUGGGACCGGGAGUGCCAGGUGACGGGCAGCCUGGCGGACACAGAGGUGAUUGUGGCCCUGGCCGUGUGCGGCUCCAUCCUCUUCCUGCUCAUCCUGCUGCUGCUCACGGUCCUCUUCCGGAUGCAGGCCCAGCCUCCGGGGUACCGCCACGUGGCUGAUGGGGAAGACCACGCCUGACAACCACUGGGCCUCCUCCCUCCAGCUUCGGGGAGGAGGUGGGCUGGGCCCUGGCCCCCACCCCCCUCCACUCGAUAGGCAGGAGCGCCCUCAGAUUAUGGCCCGGCUAGGGAGGCCGGACCCCCCUCAUCCAGCAGCUGCGCCUUUGCUGCCUCCUCCCUCCCGGCUCGGGGGGACAGAGCACGGGCGCUUCAUGCUGGGUAAGUACCUAGCCAGAGAAUGGGGCCUUGCUGCGCCAGGGCAGGAUGCUCCAUCUCUCCCACUACCCCCAGGCCUAGCAUAGCCAGGUCACUGAGUCAGAAGCCUCGGGGUCAACUGCUGCUGCCCCCCCCACAUCCUGAGCUGGCUUGAAGAAUGUACAUAAAGGGGUGGGGGGUCCCCACAAGCCCCUGGCAAGCGCAGGUCGUGAGCUGGACAGCCCUGGGCUGCGGCCCGGGGGAAUGAAAAUGUUGAACUCUU